CUCAACACAUCUGGAUGUGGUGGCACAUCUGUAAUCCCAGCUAAAUAUCUAAAACCAUACCAAGCUUUUCCGAGUCGCCGCCAAGAUGGCCGAGGUGGAGCAGAAGAAGAAGCGAACCUUCCGCAAGUUCACCUACCGCGGCGUGGACCUGAACCAGCUGCGGGUCACGUCCUAUGAGCAGCUCUACAGCGCCCCGCAGAAGCGACGCCUCAACCGUGGCCUGUGGCGGAAGCAGCACUCGCUGCUCAAGCGCCUGAGAAAGGCCAAGAAGGAGGCGCCGCCCAUGGAGAAGUCCGAGGUGGUAAAGACCCGCCUGCGCGACACGACCACCCUGCCCGAGGUGAUGGGGAGCAUGGUGGGCGUGUCCAACGGCAAGACCUUCAACCAGGUGAAGAUCAAGUCGGAGAUGAUUGGCCGCUACCUGGGCGAGUGCUCCAUUACCUACAAGCCUACGAAGCACGGCCGGCCUGGCAUCGGUGCCGCCCACUCCUCCCGCUUCAUCCCCCCCCCCCUCAAGUAG